AUGGCGACAUGUGGCACUGACGAGGCAUUUGACGGAAUCUGUAUCAGCAGUGGCUUUGGGCUAUUGGUUCUACUUGUUGGUGGAUGGUUAUCUUACAAAGUGGUAAAGAAAAGGAGGAGGAUUAAACAAAAGAAAAAGUUUUUCAAACGAAAUGGUGGUUUAUUAUUACAACAGCAAUUAUCUUCACAUGAAGCCAAUGUUGAAAACACCAAAUUGUUUAACUCAAAAGAUUUGGAGAAGGCCACUGACCAUUUUAAUGUAAAUAGAAUACUUGGCCAAGGAGGACAAGGUAUUGUUUACAAAGGCAUGUUGACAGAUGGAAGAAUCGUUGCUGUGAAAAAGUCCAAGGUAAUUGAUGAAGGAAAACUUGAAGAAUUCAUUAAUGAAGUUGUCAUACUUUCACAAAUUAACCACAGGAAUGUGGUUAAACUAAUUGGUUGUUGUUUGGAGACAGAAGUUCCUAUGCUAGUUUAUGAAUACAUUCCUAACGGAACUCUUUCCCAAUAUGUUAAUGGCCAAAUGGAGGAGUUUCCACUAACAUGGGAUAUGCGCUUACAAAUUGCAACAGAAGUUGCAGGAGCUCUCUUCUACCUACACUCAGCAGCUUCCUUGCCUAUUUAUCAUCGGGAUAUUAAGUCUACAAACAUACUCUUAGAUGAUAAAUUCAGAGCUAAAGUAGCUGACUUUGGGAUUUCAAGAAACAUCGCUGUUGAUCAAACUCACUUAACCACACUAGUGCAUGGCACUUUUGGAUACUUGGACCCUGAAUAUUUUCAAUCAAGUCAGUUUACAGAAAAAAGUGAUGUUUAUAGUUUUGGUGUUGUCCUUGCUGAGUUGUUAACUAACGAAAAAGCGAUUUCUUCAACAAGAACACAGGAAUCCAAAAGUUUAGCCACAUAUUUCAUUAAAUCGAUGGAGGAGAACAAUUUGUUUGAUAUUAUUGAUAGUCGAGUUUUGAAGGAAGGUAAGAAAGAAGAGAUCAUUGCGGUCGCGAACCUUACAAAUAGGUGCCUAAACUUAAACGGGAAGAAACGACCUACAAUGAAAGAAGUCGCAAUAGAGUUGGAGGCAGUUCAAAUGUUGCAAAAAACUCCUAACCUUCAACAAAACUAUGAAGAGCUUCAAGAUGUCCAAGCAAAAAUGUAUGAGCCACAAUAUGAAUUAGUAUUUUUUUAA